GGAAAACCGAGACCAGGACGAAGACUUUGCUCGUCACCAGGCUCGAGAUCAACUGCAACAUCCUCGAGAUCCCUCGUUACCCUUAGAGCGAUAAGGCGAUAGUAUUAUCCCGACCUUAAGAAGGCUGAGCCGAGUACCGGGCACCCCGUGAGUUUCGUCUUGCACCUACGGCGCACCCCACUCUGGGGGAAUGCCCCCGGUGCAUCGAAUUGCAGCGCGGCCCGGCAGAAAUGUGCAAAAGAUACCCGACCGGGUCUCGAGUGCGUGGGCGGACCCACGAUAUAUCAACCGGCGUUUCCGGGUACGGCGAUACGGGGUAUCACGUGCCCUGGAGUACAUCCGACCUCUGCAGUGGUAUCCACAGCUUCCCGACCUAAAAUUCGAGAUCAGUCCCCUGGCUCGGCCGAGUCUUUUCGAAUCGCUUCGAUCCUGGAUUCGCAUUUACUGGCGGCUUAGGCUUAUACUGACGAGCGCGGCCGAAAAGUAGAGGAAGAGAGAAAGAGAGAGAGCGCCUCGGGGUGAAGGCGCCGGCGAGCAGGGAGAGAAAGAAAGAGAGGAGCACGCGGUACGUGGAAGCGAGGGAGACGAAGGGAGACACUAAAAGGCUCCCGAGCGAAGGAGUCGCGGGAGCGAGAGAGAGAGAGAGAGAGAAAAAGAGAAAGAGGAGAGCCCGACUGCCGAGUGGGCGAGUCGAGGGGGGAGGCCCUCCGCUCUCCAGUCUCGCUGCUCUCUCGAGUCCCGUGGGUCUUUCUCCCAGUUGGAGCCUGCCAGGCGUAGGACGAGGAAGGCGGGCCGCGCACUCGGUGAGAGGGACCGAGACCGACGUCGUCGCUCCCUUUCUCGAUUUGUCUCUCCGAGAUUCUCGCGCGCGUCCAGUCCUCUCCUGUCGUGUGCUCAUCCGAGGCUUCGCGCCCCCUCGUGCGGUUCCAUCCAGAGCUCUGACCCCUUCUGGCCGAACUCGAGUUCCGGGGCCCGGUUUCGACGGAGUUCCACGGCGUUCCCCGGAUCUCCGCUGCGGCCACGAGGCGUUAUAUCCCGCGGGCGUCUCUCCUUUUAUCUCCCGCUCUCUUUCUAUCACUCGCGCGACGAGGGUGACGCUCUCGGAAAUUAGCUCUCGGCGCAUUCCACGGCGGAUACAUGGAUUCGAAGUACUGGGAACGAUCUCCCAGAGCCACGGACGACUUCCCGGUGGUCGAGUGGUGAAUACCGCGCGCAUGCGCCCUGCGAUCGCGCCGAAUCGCGCGGCCGUAGAGAACCCGUGGGCGAGAGGGGCGACACGCGCGGCGGAGAGGUGGCGCCGCGGCGGAGCGCCGCCGAACUAGCGCGGAGGACCGCGACUGCCGGAACCGGAAACCACCAGACGGAAGGAUGAGGACCUCCGGAGUGCUCGCCGCGAUUUUAAUCGGACUGAUCGGGACCCAGGCGAGCCAAGAUUCCGACGAACAGUUCAAUCGAAUACCGAAGAACAGGGACGAGGACAAGUGCUACGAUGACAAUGGGCGACCGCAGAGGUGCAUUCCGCCCUUCGAAAAUGCGGCCUUCAACGUCCUCAUGGAGGCUACCAACACGUGCGGGGAAAACGGGACCCCGACGGAGUUCUGCAAGCAGACGGGGGUGCAGAAGAAGUCCUGCGAGUUCUGCAGAUUCGGCGACCAUCCUGCCUCCUUCCUCACGGACCAGGAUAACAACGACAACGCCACUUGGUGGCAGUCGGAGACCAUGUUCGAGGGCAUCGAAUACCCGAACCAAGUCAACCUGACUUGGCACCUUGGAAAGACCUUCGACAUCACUUACGUCAGGGUGCUCUUCGAGUCGCCGAGGCCGGAGAGCUGGGGCAUCUACAAGAGGAAGAACGAGAACUCGCCCUGGGAGCCGUACCAAUUUUAUUCGGCGACCUGCAGAGACACUUUCGGACUCCCCGACUCCAAGGAGACGAUCCGCGGGGACGAUACCCGGGUUCUGUGCACCUCCGAGUACUCCGAUAUUUCGCCCCUGAGUAAGGGCACCGUGGCUUUCUCCACCCUCGAGGGACGACCCUCCGCGUAUAACUUCGAGACCAACCCCGAGCUGCAGGAAUGGGUGCAAGCUACGGAUCUCAGAAUAUCCCUCGUCAGGCUCAACACCUUCGGGGACGAAGUUUUUGGAGAUGACCAGGUCUUGAAGUCGUAUUAUUAUGCCAUUGCCGAUGUUGCAGUCGGUGCACGCUGCGCCUGCAACGGACACGCUGGGGAGUGCGUUAACAGCACCAGCGUCGACGGAAGGACUCGUCGAGUUUGUCGGUGCAAGCACAACACCGCCGGGCCCGACUGCAACGAAUGCCUUCCGUUUUACAACGAUGCACCCUGGGGACGAGCCACCACCGCUGACGCUCACGAGUGCAAACCGUGCAACUGCAACGGAUACUCCGAUCGGUGUUACUUCGACAAGGAGCUGUACAGAGCCACGGGACACGGGGGCCAUUGUUUGGACUGCAAAGCGAAUCGAGACGGCGCCAAUUGCGAGCGGUGUCGAGAGAACUUUUACCAGCGCCCAGAGGACGGCUAUUGCGUGGCUUGCAACUGUGACGAAACAGGUUCGAGGAGCCUGCAGUGCAACAGUGCCGGCAAGUGCCAAUGCAAACCUGGGGUGACCGGCGACAAGUGCGACCGAUGUUCGGCUAACUUUUACAAUUUCGGCUCCUUCGGUUGCUCCUCUUGCGACUGCAGUGUCAAAGGGUCCCUCGGGAACACCCCCAGCUGCGAUCCUGUAUCAGGAGUUUGCGUUUGUAAAGAGAACGUCGAGGGAAAGCGCUGUCGAGAAUGCCGACCUGGGUACUUCAACCUCGCCACCGAGAACGAAUUCGGGUGCACGCCUUGUUUUUGCUAUGGGCAUGCUUCGGUCUGCAGGCCAGCGACCGGAUACUCUAAGGUCGUUAUCGAGAGCAUGUUUGUGAGAGGCAACGAGAAAUGGACCGGUAGCGUUGCCGGUAACCCGAUGCCACUCCAUUACGACGCUCUUACGCAAACCGUAUCGGUCACCGCUCCCGACAGGGACAACGUCUACUUCGUCGCUCCUGAGAGGUUCCUGGGGGAUCAGCGAGCGUCGUACAACCAGGACUUGUCCUUCACCCUGAGAAUCGGCGAAACUGGACCCGCGCCUACGGCAAGGGAUGUUAUUUUGGAGGGUGGAAACGGCGAGGAAAUUACGCAGCCUAUCUUUGGACAAGACAAUCGAAUACCAUCCGUGACGCCACAAGAGUACAGGUUCAAGUUGCACGAGCAUCCAGACUACGGUUGGCAGCCCAGGCUCUCUUCCAGGGCGUUCAUGUCGGUUCUGUCGAACCUGACGGCGGUAAAAAUUCGCGGCACGUACACUCACCAAGGAAGAGGAUUCCUGGACGAUGUCAAGCUGGAGACGGCUCAUCGAGGAGCUGCCGGCGAACCCGCGGACUGGGUGGAGCACUGCCAGUGUCCUCACGGAUACGUUGGCCAAUUCUGCGAAUCCUGUGCUCCAGGAUUCCAUCACGACCCUCCAAACGGCGGCCCCUUCGCGAACUGCGUGCCUUGCAAUUGCAACGGGCAUGCUGAUAUUUGCGAAGCGGAGACUGGCCAAUGUAUAUGUCAGCAUAAUACAGCCGGAAGCAAUUGCGAGCAUUGUACUCGCGGGUACUAUGGAAAUCCUUUGAAGGGAACCGCUAACGAUUGUCAGCCGUGUCCUUGCCCCGACAAUGGGCCCUGUAUAUUACUGGGCAACAAUCCUGAUCCCAUUUGUUCCGAGUGUCCCCUAGGACGUACUGGACCAAGGUGCGAGACCUGCUCCGAUGGCUACUUCGGAAAUCCUGAAAAGGGACAAUCGUGUCGCCCUUGCGAUUGCAACAAUAAUAUCGACUUGAACGCCGUUAGGAAUUGUAAUCACGAGACUGGUGAAUGUCUCAAGUGCGUGAACAAUACUGCGGGUUUCCAUUGCGAGGAGUGUCUUCCGGGAUAUUACGGAGACGCGUUGUCCGAUCGCAAGGAGGACGGCUGUAGGUUGUGUCAGUGUUAUCCUUCUGGAACCAUGGAGCUGGAAAGCGGUGGCGUUGCUCCUUGCGAACAACUUACGGGACACUGCGCCUGCAAGCCUCACGUAAUUGGCAGGAAUUGUGACAAAUGCGAGGACGGCUAUUAUCAUAUAAUUAGCGGAGAAGGAUGCACAGCGUGUAAUUGCGAUCCUGAAGGCUCUUACAAUCGCACUUGCGAUGCUGUAACGGGUCAAUGUCAAUGCAGGCCCGGCGUCACGGGUUUGCGAUGCGAUGCUUGCUUACCGUAUCAAUAUGGCUUUGGUCGAGAGGGCUGCAAACUUUGCGACUGUGAUAACAUCGGCUCACAGGAUCUGCAGUGCGACGCCAAUGGACAGUGUCCUUGUCUGACAAACGUGGAAGGAAGACGGUGCGAUCGCUGCAAAGAGAAUAAACAUAACAGGCAGUACGGAUGCGUGGACUGUCCACCGUGCUACAAUUUGGUCCAGGAUGCUGUAAAUUCCCACAGGCGACGUCUCGCCGAUCUAGAAGAAACAUUGAGAAAGAUUAACAACAGUCCAACCGUCAUAAAGGACUCCGACUUCGAGAACGAGCUGAAGAACGUACAGGAGAGGGUUAAGAUGCUCUUGCAAAUCGCUAAGCAGGGUUCCGGAAGCGACAAGAAGACUCUGGUGGAACAGUUGGACGAAUUGAGAGAUCAGCUGAACCAAAUCGAAGAGAUCUCCCAAAAUGUGGAUCUAACGGCUGCCAAGGCCAAAAGGACUACGGAGGAAGGUCUCAUGAGCAUCGACGAGGCUGAGAAAGUUCUCGACAAGAUACACGAACAGUUAACCGAAGCUGAAGACUAUCUCGCAACUGACGGAGCCACUGCUUUGGUCGAUGCUCGAGCUCGAGCCGAACAAGUUGGUCAGCAGAAUUUGCAAAUGACAGCGAUCGCUCAAGAAGCACGUGUUCUAGCAGAUUUGAAUACCAACGAGGCGAAGAAGAUACAUUUGCUGGCGGAACAGGCAAGGAACACUUCCUUGGAAGCUUACAAUUUGGCCAAGAAAGCGAUCUCUAAAUAUUCCAACAUCAGCGACGAGAUCAGGGAUCUGGAAAACGAAUUGGAGGUAUUGGAAGAUCGCUUCGAGGAGGUGAAAAAUCUCUCAAGCAUCGCUGCCGCAAAAUCAUCGGCAGCUUCCCAGGAAGCUCUGAACAUCUUGAUCGUAGAUCUGACCCUACCCUCUAUUAACAUCGAAGAGCUCAAAAGCCAAGUAGAAGAAGUCAACAACGAGGGCUUGAAAAUAAAGGAGCAGGCACAAUUGCUGCUGGAUGAGAACGAUGCUACCAUUAAGGAAAUGCAAGGGAAAAUUAAACAAAGCGAAGAGCUUCUGGACCGAGCACAGGAGCAGCAAGCAGCAACUGCAGAAUUGCUGGCGGAGGUAGACGCAGCUCUCGAGAAAGCGAAGGACGCGGUGAAACGCGACGAUCAGACUCUGAAGGAAGCCCAGGAGACCCUGAAGAGAUUAAGCGAAUUUGACGCCGAGGUACAACGCGAGCGAAUAAAGGCGCAAGAAGCUUUGAGAGACAUCGACGAGAUAGAGAAAUUGAUUAACUAUGCUCUGCGUGAGGGCAACCAGAUACAGGAAACGCUAAUCGACGCCGAAGAGAAUGCCAUUAAAGCACGAGACGUUGCUAAAACAGCCCAGAUUAGCGCGGACAAAGCGAGUACCAACGCAAAUAACAUCAGAGUGGAGGCGAAUAAGACCAAAGCGGAGGCUUUGAGUUUGGGUAACGAGGCGGAGAAACUGCACGUCAGGGUUGGCAUCACGGAUUCCAUGAUACGUCAGUUCGAGGUGCAAGUGGCCCAUGAUGUCAACGCGACCAGUGAGGUGAACCACAAGGUGGGCCAAGCGAAGACCAACGUCACCCUAGCGAUGCAACAAGUAGAUAAAGCAUUGAACGAAGUGGCCGAAAUUAUAACGGAACUGGAGGCUCUUCCAGAAAUCAAUGACGCCGAUCUGGACCAACUGGAGAAGAGAUUAAUUGCGGCGGAGAAGCAGAUCGAGGCGGCCAAUCUGGACCAGAGGAUCCGAGCUCUGACCGACUCGAAGAACCUCCAAUCCCAGUGGAUUAAGAAUUACGAGAACGAGGUCAGUCGGCUUCGCAUCGAAGUCGAGAACAUCGACGACAUCCGGAAAGCUUUACCAACCGAUUGCUACAAGCGAGUCCGCUUGGAACCCUCGCGCUAAGUCCGGCUCUCCUCGCCGUUUCGGCAAGACGUGUUUAAAAGUAGAAAGAAAGAGAAAAAGAGUUAAGUAAGAAAACUAAGAGGACGCGUUUCUAAUCUCUCGAAUCCAGAUCUGUGCAUUUAAUGACAGUGCAGACGAUUGCAAUAAUACACUUAAUACCAAAGAUUUAAAUAGUAGAAACAGCGUGAAGGAUAUUCGACUGCUAUACCCGAAAACCCGUCGAGGGGAGAUGCGAAUGUAAGCUUCCCUAAUGCCUUAUUACUUGUAACGUGUAUGCAUUGUAUAUAGUAUCUAUAUACGCGGCCAAUAUUUCUCGAAUUCUCGAGUACAUAAAUUACUUUUACGGAACGGAGCUUUGAGGCGGAUACUAGACGACUUAUGUAUCGUCCAUCUAGAGAUGAAAAUCGAGACAUCGCUAGUUUUACCGACGGAAUGCCAUGUCGAGUCCGCGGCGACAGUAAGUCGCGACCGCGAUGUCAUGCGACUUUCGUUUUUUUACCUAUUUUUAAUUAUAGAAAAUAAUAUAAUGACGUACUUUUAUACAGUUUAGCCUAGUACAAAGUGUAGUGUAACGAUUCGUAGAAUAAAUGAAUUUAAGUAUAUUAAA